AUGGGUUCUUCUUCCAUCAAGGGUCUCCUAGCAGUGUGCCUGGUGUCCACCAUGGCACCGUGCACACGAGGCUUCCAUGGCUUUUCCUCGAGCGGCGCGGGCCAUCUGUUGUCUCUGUCCGGCCCGCAAGCCAAGCAGUGCAGCACUGGAGCGAAGAAGCUUGUCUGCCGCGUUGCUACGAAGCCCCAUGCGGAUGAGUUCAACUACCAGCAGUCCCCCGAUCAGGCAGGUGUGAGCUUCGUGCAGUCGAUCCAGGGGGAAGUCAAAAGCACCAAGAGGGAGACAGCUGUCAUUGACAACAGGGGAAACAUGGGCAUCCGAUGCAGAUCACGACGAGCUGUCGGCCAUGAGAUCAGGAGGCGGUCAAGCAUUGGGGCCAACGCUAUCGUGCAGGAGCCGAUCCUGCAGUCUGUGGUGGCUCAGAUUCAUAACACGGCCAUUGCGGCCCUGGAGUGUCCCAGCAAACACCAUGACCUGGACUUCUCAUACUCGGAGAUAAACCGGGUGAGGGAUGAGGUGGCUACCUUCUACAACGAGGGACAGAGGACCAUGGUGCAGCUGGCACAUCUGAUAACGGCAGUGCUGUCGGAGGAGAAAUUCGAGUGCAGGAGUACCGUUACAGCCAAGUCGGAUGAUGGGCUAGAGUUCAAGCUCACGGAGAUCGUCCCCCUGUCCACCUUGACCAAGGGUGCCGUGAGCAUGGAGCUUGCAGAGAACCAGAUUGAUGGUCUUGCCGUCAACUCGGAGGGUGCCUGGAAGCCGGUUAAGGUGGUGAAUCACGCGGUUGAGUUCGAUGCUCUUGAGCGCAACAACUAUGGGCUGCACCGAGUGAUGAUGCAUGCGAAGCCAAGCAACGAGCUGUGGAAGCAGAUCGCUGACAGCAUCUUCGAGGUGGAAGACCCAGAAGCCAGGGCCAGCGACGACCUCUUUGACAACAUGUACCACAUCCGCCUCCUGGUGGAGACGCCCGAGAAGGUGGAAAUGCUCCACAGGCGCAUCCGAACGCUCUGCUUCCGUGACUCAGAGCUCCGAAGUCUUGCUCUUCCUGUCAGUGACAAGACGAGGCAGCUGGAGCUGAUCUCUCAGGUGGACUCGCAUCACAUCUCUGCUGUGAUGUGGAAGGGCACGGGGAUCGCGAUCCAGGUGCAGAGCCUGGACGAGUUCUACAGGGAGACGGAGCUGACCACCAUGGCUGCAAGAUCGUUGAAGGAGGCGAAGAGGGAAGAGUUUUUCCAGAUGCUAGAGAAGUCUACUCCUGUCUACAGGUUCUCCAGGGACAUGCUUCAUUGGAUGCUCGCUUCGAAAGCUUUCUCAGCUCCUCCCUCGUGCGAGUUUAUCUCGGUCAACAUCCACCCGUAG